AUGAAUCUCGUUGUGCUCCUGGUGCAGUGCUUCGCGCUUCUCUCCUCUACUCGUGCCGGGACGAUUAACCAUGAUCAAGUACAACCAUUCGCUCAGCCUGUCCCAGUCACGAUAGCCGAAAGGGCUGCAGUCAAGUUCAAGCCGCAGCUUUAUAUUACACAGGGUCGUGUAUCGUUUCCAGCUGUAAAUGCUGCGGGCGAGACCAGUGGGGGGCUCAAGGUAACAAAAGGCACAGAAGGCUGCUCAGAAGCCCCUCUGGGGUCUCAAGUGUGCGGACGAUCGACGUGGUAUCAAGACAAAUGGGCCAUGGUGUUUGCAUGGUAUUUUCCUAAAAGCUUCUGGGAUUUCGACGCAAAGGACCGCCACUACUGGGCGAGUAUGGUGCUUUGGCUUGACAAUCCAGCACUACAUGUAGAAACACCGAAAAUCCUUGGUGCAUCGUUGUCGCAUCAGCUUCAGAAGCGGCAAUGGAUGGCUACUUUAACGAUGGCAGAACGGCGAGAUGCGUACUUCAAGCAAACCAACAUACCUCCAAUGGGUUUUGUAGGUACCCAACAAAUUGCCCAAAAUCGAAUCAGCCGCCGCAGAUGGAACUACACCUAUGUUGGCGGCUCCAACGUAUCCACCAGGAUUUCUACCACGUAUUGGGACAGCUUUGAGUGGCUGGCGCUAACAUUUUCGGAAGUUGAUGGCAAAUUUCAGGAUCUCAUCGUGUGGGAACAACUUACGGACGACGCCCGCGCCGCUCUCAAUUCUGCUGAAUUCGGCGAGUCUAAGGUCCCCCUUAACGACCAUAACCUUGAGAAUACACUUAAACUUGCGUAUCCAUUUUUACAAUAG